AACGAUAAUCAAAAUUUGACUAAAAAACAGGAAAUUGCAGAUGCUUUAAAUUCACAUUUCAACGAAGUUGCAUCUCGUUUGGUUAAUAACAUGCCACAGAGCUCAAGGACAUUUGAGUCAUACGUGACUAAGUCCGAUACACAAUUUACGAUACAAAAUGUUUCAUUAACUAAGGUAUAUAAGUUGCUCUCUACAAUUAAAACAUCCAAAUCAGCAGGGCAUGAUAGAAUACCCGGUAAACUUCUAAGAGACGCUGCUGAAGUAAUAGCACCCAUCCCUGUCAGCAAUCUUUAA